UAACAGCACAUGGCACUGCGAGCUCAUCACAGAGGAGGACGUAGUGCGCGCGCAGCCACAGGUGGUGUCAGUGCGUGCCACCUUAUCAUCUGAGGCACCACGGGAGACGGAGUCCGGGACCAGCAGUGCCUCAUCACUGUGGAGAACAGAGAUAAAGCCGCUAUCCUGAGGCUGUUUUCUUCUCAUUUUUUUGAGGUCAGCCUUUGCGCCAGUUUGAGCUGAACUGGAAUCUGCUUUUUAACUGGGUGUGUGUUCAAUAUUUUAUCGAGGAACGCGCUUUUAACAGGUGGACGAGGCAACAUUGGUCAUUAAAUCAGACAGCACUCAUUAAGGGUUUUGACGGAGUGUGUGCUGACCUGGUCACUCAAUGGCGCUGACUGUGAACUUGAUUGGUCCCUCGCCAUGGGGGUUCAGAAUAUACGGAGGAAGGGACUUCAAGAAAGCUAUAACUGUAUCAAAGGUCAAUGAGGGCAGUAAAGCACAGCAGGCAGAGCUGCAACCUGGUGACAUUAUCUUGGAGAUCAAUGGGGAAAACACUGCAGACAUGCUGAACGUUGAGGCCCAAAACAAGAUCAAGAGCUCCAAGACUCAAUUGCAGCUGCUGGUGGAAAGACCUGAACCUCCCAGUCCUGGACAGACCAACGGCAUCACCACCCCAGAACAACUCACCGGACGCUUUCAGGAGGCAGUAAUAGUGAGUCGGGAUGAGAACCAGAACUACACAGAGUACACCAUAUCCAGCCCUGCAUCACUGUCACCUGGACCUUAUUCACCAGACCCUCCUGCCAGUCCUGAUGGAAAGAGAGAGAGGCUGAUGCCAACCAACAAUAAGAGUGUCCAGCUGCGUUCAUGGUCUCCAGAGGAGAGAAGUCACAGACUGUCCAGACCGCUGUCACAGGAAUUCUCUCCUUCAGAUUACAGAAGUAACUCUGUGUCGAGCAGAACCCCCACCCCACCAGGACGCUACUCUCCACACAGCCCCAUUGAUCCAGAUGUACCUAUGUCCCCUCGUCGCAGCAGUUUGAACUCCGACUUUGCCAUGCGCAAGUUUGACAAGGACUCAGAAGUGUACAAGAUGAUCCAGGAGAAUAAGGAGUUCCGCACAGCACCUCGACAAUCCACCACGUUUAAAAUGCUGCAAGAGGUCCUGGAGGCUGAUGAGAAAGAGGCGGCCUUGCGGUUCCCAGGAAAGCUUUCUCCCAACACCCCCAAAGUGCACCCACCAGUGGCCGGCGUCAGCAAAUUCCACACCUGUGAGAAGUGUGGCACCAGCAUUGUCACACAGGCCGUGCGAAUCACAGACGACCGCUUCCGCCACCCGGAGUGCUACACCUGCACAGAUUGUGGUUUGAACCUCAGGAUGAGAGGUCACUUUUGGGUCGACGAUGUGAUGUACUGUGAGAAGCACGCCAACCAGAGGUACCAGGGCCCCGGUAGUUCCCCACGAUCCACCGUGUCCCCUCGCCAAUGAGUCUGCCGUUCCUCACCUGCCUCACUCUGGACAUAGAGCGCUGCUUGCCUGCCUGAAGGUCCAACUCAUCCAACUCAAAUGAUAGACCUUGGGAUGAACAUGGAGGUGGACUGUGGUCAAUGAUAUGCCAGUGGAUUUUGUUUUCUGAUCACAGUUAACCAUACUUUGCAAUAUUAUGUUUCAUUUUCUUGCCUUUUUUAUAACUGUAUAAUAACUGGGGCUUGUUUUUUUCAUAUGGCCCCGACUCCACAACUCUUUAGGUAUUAUUAGCUCUAAUAAUGCACAGCUGCCAUAGAUGGAAAUCACAUCCAACGGUCCUAAGGUCAAACUAACAGAACACCAAUGUUUGUGUGGUAGACUCAACAGGACUGGUCCCAAACUACAAAAUCCCAGUGAAAUAGUGAAAUAUGGCUGUUUGGAUAUUCUGCAAAUGAAAAGGGACCAAAUGUCACCUAUACUCCAUGCCAGUUAAAAAGUACUGUACACAGACUGUGCUGUGUGUGAACAUGUGUGGGGUUUGUGGGUGUGUAUGGGUGCAUGCUUUCACAUGCAGGAGUGCGAUAGCUUCUGCAUGCCUUCCUGGCAUCUGUGUGUAUGUAUGUGUGAGCGUGAGAAUGAGGGAUGAAAGAAAGGGGGGUUCAAGUUGUUGCAGACACCAAGGAGAUUGUGAACUUUGUGCUAGAAUAAGGCCAAAAGCUCCACAGUUUUUCUGUUUUUUUUUUCUUUUGUAAGCAGAAUAUAUUAAUAGAAAUAAUGAAAAAAAAUUGCUGACUUUUUUUUGCUAUUUUGUUGCUUAUGAGGGACUAUAGAACUGUUCACUAAACAAAUAUUUUUGAUGUUUUUGUGAUUGAACAAUAUUCUAUAAUAUAGGCCAUUUUAAUGCAUAAUGUAUGCACAGGACAUUUAGUGUGAAAAGAUUUGAUACUAUAGUACACUUGUCCAGUUUGCAGCAGUACUCAGAGAUACACUAUAAUAAUGUUCGCAUUUCAUGUGGCACUUAAUAAAUCACACAAUGUAAAACUUU